AUGCGGGGCCCAGUGGGAGGGCGCACAGCCGCUGUCGAGCCAGCGGUCGGUGCGACACCCGCAGCGAGUGCGUCGGAGCCGAAGGAUCCAGUUCCAACGGUGGUGGGGCAGUCGUGCCCUUGCACUGGCGGCAAAGGUUUCAUCGUGGAAAAGGACGUUUUUCUUGGCUCUGGCCACUUUGGCGACGUUUACAAGGGCCGCAACGCGCUUACAGGCGAGCCAGUAGCGGUGAAACUGGAGUAUCGCUCCCGAACGAUUGCGUAUCGCGAGUGGGAGGUUCUGAUGCGGAUGCAGGGACUCGGCGCUCCCACUGUCUACUACACUGGACAUGUCGGGCGAUAUUUUGUCUGUGUUAUGCAGCUGUUGGGACCUACGCUCCAGAAGGCCCUUGAAUCUCGAGUUUCGCGACGAUUUACCUGGCCACAAGUGUCUCAGAUCGCGCUCAAGUGUUUGGCGUUGAUCAAGCGAGUCCACGACAUCGGUUAUGUUCACGGGGAUGUGAAGCCCGAGAAUUUCCUCCUCGAAUACCGCGAACCGAAAAACCAGACGUCAAGUCGCCAGAAUACGGGGGGGUCGUGCGUGGACCCCUUGGCGCUACUAGAGGUGAAUAUAGACGCACGCGAUGCCUCCGGGACGGGCGCCAAUGGAACGACAUCCGUGAGUGACCCAAAGUACGCUCGCGUGACGCCGGCGAAAAUCGACGUCAACGUGCCUCUCUAUAUUAUUGACAUGGGCCUCGCCACCCGUUGGCGCGAGGAUGACGCCACGGGCAAGCACGUCCCAUACGGUCAACGUAUUGAUCACUUUAGCGGCACGGUGCGGUACGCGUCGGUGAACGCGCACCUCGGCCGCCACCUGUCUCGGAGAGACGAUCUGGAAUCACUCGCUUACAUGCUGAUUUAUCUGUUGAAAGGGCAGCUCCCGUGGCAAGGUUUUGUCGGCGACGACAAGAAUAUGCAAGUCUGCGAAAGCAAGGGACGCAUGCUAGUUAAUGACAUCUGUCGAGCAGUGCCGGAUGAGUUGCGCUACUUUUUGGCCUACGUGCGGCAGCUGAAAUUCGCUGAACAGCCAGACUACGAGUACAUGGCACGGAUUUUGGAUUGCAAGCAGGGAAUCGUUUGGAUUCAUCAGCAAAUGCGCCUCAUGGCCGAGGGAGUGCCGCUUGUCCCCCCGUAUCAGGCACGUACCCCUGCCGCCGAGACUGUUGAUGUCGAUAGUGCCGCACCGAGUGCGAAUAUCAUCAACUUGGCCAGCGAUGUCUCGCAGAACAGCGCAGGAGCAGCAGAAGUUCUUCUUGUGGAGUCGUCAGUGCCGGGCACGGUCGGUGGUAAGCGGCGGAAUGGUAUGUCAGGGCAAGCAUCUGCCCAGGCACCAAAGCGAGCGCGAACGCCGGGUGCGGCGGCCGAGCUGCAGAACACGGCGCAAGCGGUCUCGCGAGCGAGCUCCACAGAGCCGGACGUGGGCAUUCGUGGUGGCGCGCUCGCUGAACAUGCGCUAUCCUUGGCGCUCCAGGACGUGGGCAUGCGACGAGGACGCUUUGAAAUUAUUGCACCACGAACGACGAAAACACAUCAGUGGGUAAUCAUAAGCACCUCAGCGAACAACGCCUCGUCAUGUGCCCCAGCGAGCCAGGUGUACACGAGUCAUACCUCGUACAAGAAUCUGGUGCGCGAGGUGGAGCGCAAAUGGGCUCAGGGCAUGCGCAUCAGCGUGUUGUGCUUCGACGGCGGGAUGUGGACCAGCGUCCUCAACGCCAGAGAUCCCGUGCUGGUGGAGCAAGCCAUGCACUAUUGCCCCGGCAAUGAAGUGCCUCGAGAUUGGAUUCGCAGCAAAUGGGACGAGGGCUUCUACAUCACUGCUUGCUCAGCGAAUCACACAAGUUGGGGGAUUGUCGCAUCGACCAUGAAUCGCAACAAACGCUACAAGCAACAGAGCUAUAUCGUGAGCUCGACCUUCCCGGCCAAGUGGUGUGCCGACAAGUGGACGAACGGCUAUGCCAUCACCAGCCUCUGUGUCCAGGGGCCGCCCUCUGCCGAGCAGUGGCUCGUCGUCAUGAGCCGAGGCACAGCGUUCAAGGAGCAGGUGGUCGAACUCGAAUUUGGGUAUCCCAGUGAGAGCAUUCAUCACCGCUGGGACGAGGGCUACAUGCUGACGGCAGUUGCUUGCGGAUCAGAUAUAUCGGCCUAUGUGAUGAGUCGUGGACACGCGUCUGGUGAAGAGCAACGCUGCACGCGCACGAGUCAUGGGCCCUUGUGCAAGAUUCGCGAGGACUGGAGCGACGGACUGUUCAUCACGGCGACGGCCUUUGGCCGUAUCACUUGA